GGUGACUCGGAGCCCACUGCCUUGCCAGAUGACGCGGUGCCCGCUGUCGAGCCAAAUGACUUUAUGCCUGGUGACCCGAUGCCCGCUGUCCAGUCAGACGAUCCAAUGUCUGACCCAGUGCCCGCGGUCAUACCAGUUGACUCGGAGCCCACUGCCUUGCCAGAUGACGCGGUGCCCCGCUGUCGAGCCAAAUGACCUGAUGCCUGGUGACCCGAUGCCCGCUGUCCAGCCAGACGAUCCAAUGUCUGACCCAGUGCCAGCGGUCAUGCCAGUUGACUCGGAGCCCACUGUCGUGCCUGGUGACUCGAAACCUGUCGCUCCACCUGGGGGUCCGGCGCCCGCCGCUCUGCCUGAGGGCCCAAGACCUGUCGCUCCACCUGGGGGUCCGGCGCCCGCCGCUCCGCCUAAGGGCCCGAGACCUGUCGCUCCAUCUGGGGGUCCGGCGCCGCCCGCCGCUCCGUCUGAGGGCCCGAGACCUGUCGCUCCGCCUGGGGGUCCAGCGCCCGCC